GUCUUCUCUCUGGUGGUAUAAUGUCAAACUCAAAGCGAGAUGUCAAAUUAUUCUAACCUAACCUAAAAAAAAUUAGUCACAUUUGAAUUAAAAUAUACCAAAAAAGGAUUAAGAAAUAAAUAUAUUAAUUAAAUUUUAAACUAAGUACAAAAUGGAAAAUAUAUCUUCAUUGUCAGGUGUCCAAAAAGAUGAACUUAUGGAUCAAGUUAAACAGCAAAUAGCAGUUGCAAAUGCUCAGGAACUUCUCACAAAAAUGACAGAAAAAUGUUUUAAAAAGUGUAUAUCUAAACCCGGAACUUCCUUAGAUAGUUCAGAACAAAAAUGUGUAGCAAUGUGUAUGGACAGGUAUAUGGAUUCAUGGAAUUUAGUAUCUAAAGCUUAUAGUCUGAGAAUUCAAAGGGAAAGAAGCCAUAUGUAAAUUAUUGUAAAUAAAAA